GCAGUGAUUCCAAACCAUGCCGUUAAAAGAUGUUCGUUCUAUAAAUCCGUUUAACUCUCCUUCGUCUUUAGCAAUUGAGUCUUUGUUGUUGUUCUUUGGCCAUAACCUCAUUAAGUAGAUUUGACAUUGAAGUAUUCUUUUUUGGUUAGAGUGGGCCAAAACAAAUUUGUGUCGCAGACUUGUAGGACUGGGAUUUCUAAGGAGGACCUUUACUAUGGAUACAGAUGAGAACUAUUUAUAUUAUUCCAAUGAAAAACUUACUGGGCUUAUUGCCUUAAGUAAUAACAAAGAUGAUGCUAUAAGAGAAUAUUUAAGGACGGUUAAAUAUGCGCCUAUAAAUGAUUUUAAUGAAGGUUUAGAAUGGUUCAACAUUUGUGAGCCUCUAUCCUUUAAUAAACACCUCAAAGGCAAAAUUGUUGUUUUGGACUUCUUUACUUAUUGCUGCAUAAACUGUAUGCACAUUAUACCUGACUUAAGAGACAUUGAAAGCAGAUUUGGUGUUGAGGAUGGCCUAGUUGUGAUUGGAGUACAUAGUGCUAAGUUUGAAAACGAAAAACUUUCUUCAAAUGUACUUUCUGCAGUGCAAAGGUAUAAUAUAACUCAUCCAGUUGUGAAUGAUUACAAUUCAGAUAUGUGGCAAACUUGUGAUGUACAUUGUUGGCCUACACUUUUAAUGCUAGGCCCCAAUGCUAAUCCUAUAGUUAUGUUAACAGGGGAAGGACAUAAAGAAGAACUUCUUGAUUAUAUAAGGGUAGCAUUAGAUUAUUACAGAGAACAAAAUUUGAUAUCAUAUCAUAAACUCCCAAUUAAAUCUGCUUUUCGCCUCCUUCCUGAUUUUAAGGGCCCCUUAUUAUUUCCAGGAAAAGUGGCAUAUUUUAAUUCUGAACAUAAUGAACAACUUUUAGCAAUAUCUGAUACAGGCAAUAAUAGAGUUUUAGUUACAGAUCACACUGGCUUAAUAUUACAUGUAAUAGGAGGAAAGAAACUUGGAUUUAAAGAUGGAGAUUUUGAAGAUGCUGAAUUUAACAAUCCUCAAGGUUUAACAUUUGCUAAUAAAAACAUAAUAUAUUUGGCAGAUACUGAAAAUCAUGCCAUUAGGAGAAUCGAUUUGGAGAAUUAUAGAGUUGAAACAGUUGCGGGGACAGGACAUCAAGGUCUUGAUCGCAUAGGAGGCAGGCAAGGAUCAGAGCAACCCAUAUCCAGUCCAUGGGAUGUAUGUAUUUAUAAAACCCCAGACAUGGAUUUAACUUUCCACCCAGAUGGUAAACCACCAUUAAGAGAGGUUUUAAUCAUUGCUAUGGCUGGAACUCAUCAGAUUUGGGCAUUGUUUUUGAAUGACACAGUUUGGUGGAAGUGCAAAAAAUAUUCUAGAGGUACUUGCAUCAACAUAGCUGGUUCAGGUAAAGAAGAAAACAAAAACAAUAGCUACCCUCACGCAGCAGCAUUUGCACAACCAUCAGGUAUAACGUUGUGUGAGAAAAGUAAAGAGAUAUAUAUUGCAGAUAGUGAGAGCUCCAGUAUAAGACGGCUUUCUCUAAUUGAUGGUAAAGUUUCGGCAGUUGUUGGUGGAGACAGAAAUCCAAAUAAUUUGUUUGCUUUUGGUGAUAAGGAUGGUUCGCUUUAUGAAGCUAAACUGCAACAUGCACUAGGCGUAGCAAUGGCUCCAGAUGGAAAAAGUUUAUAUGUUGCCGACACUUAUAACCAUAAAUUGAAAAAAAUUGAAAUUUCAGAAAAUACCAUAUCGACUUAUGUAUUUAGUAGCUCCAUUGACUAUAUGGAAAAUCCCAUUGUCGAAUUUAAAGAACCUGCAGGAUUGUGUGUGAGUAGUGAUGGGAAAAAAAUUUAUUUAGCGGAUACCAAUAAUCAUUUGGUUAAAGUUCUUACUUUGGGAAAAAAUGGAGUUAUAAGCAAAGUGGAAAAACUGGACUUAAGAGAUGAAAGAAUAUCGACAAAGAACGAACCGCCAAACACAAACGUGAUAACUCUACAAAAACCACUAAGACACAAUUCGAAAGGAGGGAAAAUCGCUCUGCGACUUAACCUUAAUUUUACCAAAGGGUUAAAAGUGGCACCAGGCGCACCACAGAAAUGGGUGGCUUUUCUUCCUUCUCCAACAUACUCUUGUUCACCAAAAAAUGGUACAAAUGUUAAAAAUAUUGAAUUAGUAAUAAGUAUCCCAGAGCAAACCGAAAAAUUUAUCGAAAAUGUAGAUAUUAGUUUUUCUUUGAUCACUUGUACAGAGGACACUUGUUUACCUAAGAUGUUUGUACUCAGGAUACCAGUGGAGUUUUGCGAUAAUGGUAACUACAUUGUGGAAAGCGAUAUUAGAGUGAUAUUAGAUGAAAAUAAUGUGAAUGUUGAGUAACUAUAGUUUUGUAAUAAAAUUAGUUACUAUUUA